AUGGCCGUGGCUUUGGAUGCAGUGUGGGUGAGGGUGAAGAACGUCUGCAAACAGAAUGGGCUCCUCAUCAUGUCAGUGCUGGCUGUGGUCAUUGGAUGCCUUUUGGGAUUCUUCCUAAGGACACGGCGUCUCACAGAGCAGGAAGUGAAGUACUUCCAGUUUCCUGGAGAGCUGCUGAUGAGGAUGUUGAAGAUGUUGAUUCUCCCGCUCGUCGUGUCCAGCAACAUGUUCCCAUCCAACCUGGUCCAGGCCACAUUUCAGCAGUAUCGAACAAGUAGCGAGUACAUUGUGAAGCCCAAACCGACGGUGAGUCAGGCCCAAUCAGAGUCCACCACGCGGCGAGCGCUCAUCUACGGUAUCCAGGAUGAUAAUGGAACUGACAUCCAGAACUUUGCCCUUGAUCUGACUCCACCUCCUGAUGUACUGAUACGCACGAGGGAAGGAACAAGCGAUGGAAUGAAUGUUCUUGGAAUUGUUAUUUUUUCCGCCACUAUGGGUAUUAUGCUGGGAAGGAUGGGGCCAAAUGGCAGCGCCUUGGUAAACUUCUGCCAGAGUCUGAAUGAGGCCGUCCUGAGAAUCGUUGCCAUUGUCAUAUGGUACUUCCCAUUCGGCAUCGUGUUCUUGGUGGCCGGUAAGAUCCUGGAGAUGAGCGAUCCGUCAGCAAUGGGGAAAAAGCUGGGUUUCUAUGCUGUCACUGUGGUGUUUGGUCUGGUGUUGCACGGCUUGUUCAUUCUACCCGCCAUGUACUUCUUCAUCACCAAAAAGAGCCCCAUCGUUUACAUACGGGGAAUUCUGCAAGCCCUGCUCAUCGCCCUGGCAACCUCUUCCAGCUCUGCCACAUUGCCUAUAACCUUCAAGUGCCUCUUAGAGAACAACCACAUUGACCGCCGCAUCAUCCGCUUUGUGCUCCCUGUGGGGGCCACCAUCAAUAUGGACGGCACUGCUCUCUAUGAGGCUGUGGCUGCAAUAUUCAUUGCACAAGUAAAUAAUUAUGAGCUGGACUUUGGCCAGAUCAUCACCAUCAGUAUCACAGCCACUGCAGCCAGUAUCGGUGCAGCAGGGAUACCACAAGCCGGGCUGGUCACCAUGGUGAUAGUGCUAACAUCUGUCGGGUUGCCAACAGAUGACAUCACUCUCAUUAUCGCAGUAGAUUGGGCAUUAGACAGAUUCCGCACUAUGGUAAAUGUAAUGGGGGAUGCUUUGGCCACAGGGAUCAUGGCACACAUCUGCAGGAAAGACUUCAUGAAAGAGGGAGAUGGGGUGCCUUUGAUCUGCGAAACCAAACCAGCGAUGAACACCCCGCCCCUGAUGAACUGUCACAACAACAACGGCAACUACCGGCCCCCUUCCUCAGGGGUCAAACAAGAGUUGAUCCCUUCAGACGUAGCCCGGCUGAUGCAGCUGGAGGAGGGCGUUCGGCCGCCAUCGGAGAGGAAGAAGCCUCCAAUUCCCCCGAGGCACCUGAAGAAGGGCAAAGAACACUGCACUAUUGACAUGAAUGGCCUUGAGACCAACGUAUAG